UGGGAAGAUUUGCACUUGAUUAUAUUACAAACACUUUAUUAAACCGAUAGAUUGACUUUUGGUGCUUUCUAAUUUCUGUUUCUUGCACAGUUAUCUAGGCAUUGUGUAAAAACCAUUGUAUUAUGCAAUAUGCAUAUCAUAUUUAAAACUUAUUCUACAAAUAUUAUGGUGUACUCCAAUUGUGAGUUAGAAAGCAUACCAACAAAUACACCUUUCUACAUAGUUCAUCCAGUUAGAUACUUUUUUGUAUAUAUUUUCAGAAUGUUUUAAGAACAGAAGCGGAUAAAGAGGAAUCUAAUGUUAAGAAGUAUCCAAAAGAAGGUAUUGUUUUAUUACACAAUUGAGAACAGAAUUUGUAAGAAAUUGCAUUAAGAUAUUGACUCUAUUUAUUCGUCACGAAAUAUGUUUAUCAUGUAUAACAUUAAGUGCUUCUUUUUUAUGUUUUUAGAUGAAGUAAUAAAAUUAAGGAAAGACAUGCUUACCUUUGAUGUCUGACACGGAAGUGGAUUUUUGUUUGUCAGAGAAGACCUGCUUAAAAGAAAUGAAAGCUGUUGUCUCAACUCUUCUUCAAGAUAAUGAAGAACCAAACAAAUUGACCGAUCUACCUUUUCUGACUUCCACUGCAAAAAAAGAGAAAACAAAGAGAAGAAAAUGGAACAUUGGCGAUUUUGUGAAGAAGCCAUGCAGGCAAAGAAAAGUAAAGUGGUCAGUGAAAAACUUUUUGGAAGAGCCAUGUGAAGAAGGGGAAAAUCCUGUUCGGGACAAAAAGUUGCUUUUGUCCUUGAAUGAGUCAUGUGACAGUGUUGGUGCACUUCCAUUUGCUUCCAAUAAUUCAUUGACUGAUGACUCAGGAAUACAUGGUGAUCUACCUGACAUUGAAAACACACCAAACAACUCAGUAUCUAGUGACAUCGCCGAUCCAAUUUCUGAUACUGAGGACGGUGACAAGCAUAAAAGACCUGGUAGAUAUUGUAUCUUCUGUGGUAAAAUACGGCAAAAGUUAACACGACACAUAAAAUUAAAACACGGUAAAGAAGAAAGGGUUAAAGCUGCAUUGGAAAAAAGUAAAAAGGAAAAAGACAAGUUGUUUGCAGAGAUGAGAUGGGACGGAAUAAUUGAAUUUAAUAAGCAUCAAGCGACAUUAGAUGAACCCACUUACCAAAGCGAAAAGAAAGGGAAAAAUUCAAGCCCAUUGACACGUUGCAGUUUUUGCAAUAUUACUGUAGUUAAGAGCAAUUUCAGUAGGCAUAAGUUAAGGUGCAGCUUAAAAACUAAUGAGCCUGUUGCAUCAAUACCAAAUUCCUUGUUUCAAGUCCCUCAUUUAAGUAAUUAUGAUAAGGAGUUUCAAACAAAUGUGCUCGCAAAAUUGAGAAUUGAUAAAAUUGGUGAAAUUUGCCGCACUGACGAAAACAUUUUACAAAUUGCGUCCAAGUUUUUCUGGAAAGUCAAGCAAAAGAAAGACAAAUUAAAUGAAAUUUGCAAAGGUAUAAGAGGAGAUAUGAGACGGUUAGCUUAUUUGUAUGUCAUAUUUAGAGAAGAGGAGGGUAUAGUUUAUCACCAUGGCAAUUCCCUAGACAUGUUUAAUCGACGUAAUUAUGAGCUACUUGCAAAAGCAAUUGAGAAGUAUGUUGCAAAAGACAAUAGCGAAGACAUUAAAGCUGGUCUAAAACUAAACUUGUGUUUUCUGAUAAAACGUGCCACAGAGGAUUUGAAAAAUCACUUUUAUGCUUGCGCGAAAGAUGACGAAGGCAAAGAAAUGAAUAAAUUUAUAGCGACCUUCAAAGCGUGGGAAAAGCAUUUAUUUGGAGACGCUACAUACCAAAUCAAUAAGCAAAGACAAGUGAACUUGCGGAAGCCAGCAAAGCUCCCAUUAGAAGAAGAUCUUUCAAAGUUAAGAACACACUUAAUAUCUAGGAUAGAGGAACUAUGUAGCGAAUUUGAAUUCAAUGACAAGCAUGCUUACGUUGAAUUAAGGGAUGCAGCGUGCACAAGACUUACCCUGCUUAACGGAAGACGGGGUGGCGAACCAGCUCGUCUUAUGUUAAAAGACUGGCAAGAUGCCGAAAGCAACGCAUGGAUCGACCAACAGCGAUUAAAGAGUCUUGACAACGCUGAUCAACAGCUGGUUAAGUCCAUGAAAAUCAGUUAUAUGACCGGAAAGGGCAAUAACCAUUUGGUUCCUGUCCUAAUACCUCCAGACACUGUUCCUGCAAUUACAAAGCUUGCAUCAAGUCCGUUUAGAAAGGCUGCCGGGGUGAUGCAAACCAACAAAUUUCUCUUUGCUAGCUCACAAAAUUCUAGUAGUCAUGUAUCAGGAUGGCAUGCAAUGAAUAAGCUAUGCAGAAAGUUAUCACUCUCAUCAACAGACCAGUUGAUAGCAACGAAUAACAGACAUAGAAUUAGCACCUUAUUUGCUAGUUUAGACUUACCACGACAAGAUAGGGAACUAUUUUUUUCUCAUAUGGGCCAUAGUGAGAAGAUCAAUCAGGACACAUAUCAAGCACCUUUAGCUAUUCACACUAUUACCAAGGUUGGAAAACAUUUGCUUCAAAUAGACUCAGGAGAACAGCAAGUUGCUCCUCAAUGUAAUGACCAACUACCGGAAGAUUCAAAAAGCCAUAAAGGAGAACAAACUCUUACUCAAUGCAAUGAUCAGCUGCUAAAUAAGCCGAAGAAUUCUAACGGUGAACUUCCUAACGAAGAACAACGUAUUUCUUUAUGUAAUGAUCAGCUGCCGAAUAAUUCAAAGAAUUAUAAAGGGAAAUCUUAUGGGCUUCGUAAGAAAGCAGAAAAGGUGUUAACAAACAAUGUUUUAAAUUCUGAUAGUGACACCGAUUAUGUUGUGUCUCAAGAAGAUAAUGGGAUCGCUUAUGAUGUUGGCAAUGAUUGGCACACGCUGAAAGAAAGCAAAGGACGCAAUUACCGCCAGUGGAACAAAGAAAUAGGAAACAAGUUGUUUGUUUCCUUUGGUAACUUUAUUAAAAGAAAGGAAAGUUCCUGGCCAGGAAGAGAGGAGAUAAACAAAUUCAUAAAGGAGAAUGAGCUGGAGUUAAGUUAUUACAAUGUGCGAACGAAGCUGACAAACGAGCGAGUGAAAUGGGACAGGCUACAUAAAGCAAAAAGUACUAAAACGAAGCAAAGAUUAAAAGAACUGAACCUUCAUUAAUUUUUUAGUUCGUUAAGCUUUAAACUUUUAUCUUUCUAAUUUCUUUGUUUCCGCCCUGGUUGUGAUCUGGAUUAGACGAGCCUCUAACAAGCUUGUUUUUUUUAUAUUUUUGUGUCAUGUUUACUCACGAGUUGUAAUGUAUAUAUAUUAUGCUUAUGUUGCGACAAUAGCCAUUUUAUCUUUUUCUUCUGUUUGCGCCCUGGUUGGUGACAAUCCAAGUAGCCAUACUGCCUCCAACAAGCUUAUGUUUUAUAUUUCUGUGUCAUGUUUACGCACGACUUGUAAUGUGUAUAUAUUAUGUUUAUGUUGCUACAAUAGCCGUUUUAUCUUUUUAAUCUUUAUGUACUGUUUGCGCCCUGGUUGGUGACAAUCCAAGUAGCAAUAAUUCCUCAAACAAGCUUGUUUUUUAUAUUUUUGUUUCAUGUUUACGCACGACUUGCAUUAUGUUGUUGGUAUCAUGUAUGCAUUAUGUUGCCGAAUACGAUCUAAAUAUAUUUGAUACAAUCCA